UUCCCCUCUCUGCCCCUCUCUCUUCUCUCUACCACUUCCACGACCACCGCCACAGCCCCCACGCGCCACCAGUACAACCCUUACACGCCACCACCGUGCAACGUUUUUGAUCCCACCUCUCUGUAAUCAACGAUUCUAGCAAACGCCAACUUGUUUAUCAACGAUUCUCUGUAAUCAAACAGAUUAUCUCGUUCAGUGCAAUGUUUCAGUUAAAUUAAGGAGAAGCAUGGCGAUGAGUUCCAUCGUCUGGCUCCUCGAAACGGCCAUCUCCACUCGUUCCUCCGGCGUUGGUCGGGCAACCCACGCCAGGAUGAUCAAAUCCAUGGACCUCCCCUUUCCGACAUUCCUCUGCAACCACCUCGUGAACAUGUAUUCUAAACUCGACCUCCUCGAUUCAGCCCAGCUCAUCAUCCCUCCCCAGCAUCGCUCCGUCGUCGCCUGGACGGCCCUCAUUGCCGGUACAGUCCAAAACGGUCACUUCUCUACCGCCAUCCUCCAGUUUUCUAACAUGCACCACCACUCCAUCCUGCCCAACGACUUCACCUUCCCUUGCGUUUUCAAAGCCUGCAAUUCCCUCAGCUCUCCCCUCACCGGGAGGCAGCUGCAUGCACUCGCUAUUAAAUUAGCUCAAAUACAUGAUGUCUUUGUCGGCUGUAGUGCUUUUGAUAUGUACUCCAAAACCGGCCUCAAAGAGGACGCCUGUAAGCUGUUCGAUGAAAUGCCUCACAAGAAUCUCGCCACAUGGAACACGUAUAUGUCAAAUGCUGUCCUUGAUGGGAAACCUCGUAAAGCCGUUGAGGCUUUCAUCAAGUUAAAGACAAGUGGUGGAGACCUUAGUUCGAUUACUUUUUGUGUGCUUCUUAAUGGCUGUUCUGAUGCCUUGUAUCUGCAUCUAGGUAAACAGGUUCAUGGGUUUGUGAUACGGUAUGGGUAUGAACAACACGUGUCUGUUGCAAAUGGGAUGAUUGAUUUCUACGGGAAGUGCAGGGACGUAAGUUCGGCUCGCAUGGUGUUUGAUGCCAUUUGCAACCACAACGAUGUUUCUUGGUGUUCCAUGGUCGCUGCUUAUGAGCAAAACGACGAGGGGGAAAAGGCUUGUAUGCUAUUUUCGCAAGCCAUGAGAAAUAAGGUAGAGCCUAAGGACUUUAUCGUAUCGAGCGUUAUUAGUGCUUGUGCUGGGAUUGCAGGUCUGGAGAUGGGGAGGAUGGUUCAUGCUCUUUCCGUGAAAGCAUGCAUUAACGGAAACGUUUUUGUCGGAAGUGCCCUUGUUGACAUGUAUGCUAAAUGUGGAAGCUUAGAAGAUUGCGAGAGAAUGUUUGACGAAAUGCCCGAGAGGAAUUUGAUUACAUGGAACGCGUUACUUGGUGCUUACACGCAUUUGGGAGAUGCGGAUAUGGCACUUGCGUUGUUUGAGGAAAUGAAAUGUGGAAAUGUAAAUCCUAAUUAUGUUACUUUUGUAUCUAUAUUAGCAGCAUGUAGCCGGGCUGGAGCAGUGGAUGCAGGUUUGAGUAUUUUUGAGUCAAUGAGAUCGAGAUAUGGAAUUGAAGCAAGGGUUGAGCAUUACGCGUGCGUAGUGGAUAUGUUAGGACGAGCAGGAAUGGUGGAGGGCGCUUAUGAGUUCAUAAAGAGAAUGCCUUUUCAUCCUACGGUAUCUAUCUGGGGGUCUCUUUUAGGUGCCUGUAAGGUGCAUAGAAAUAACAAACUCGGUAAGAUAGCUGCUGAUCAUUUGUUCCAGCUGGAUCCUCACGACUCGGGAAACCAUGUCAUCCUCUCAAAUAUGUUUGCCGCUGCUGGAUGGUGGGAAGAAGCCAAUGUGGUUCGGAUGGAGAUGAAAGAAGUAGGAAUCAGUAAGGGUGCAGGGUGCAGUUGGAUCUCCGUAAAGAAUUCAGUCCACACUUUUCAAGCGAAGGACACCUGCCAUGAAAGAAACACAGAGAUCCAAACAAUGCUAAGGAAGCUGAAGAUGGAAAUGAAAAGUGCUGGAUAUGUAGCAGACACCUCAUUGGCGCUCUUCGAUUUAGAAGAAGAAGAGAGAGAAUCAGAGGUUUGGCAUCACAGUGAGAAGAUCGCUCUAGCUUUUGGGCUCUGUGUAAUCCCCCCUGGACUUCCCAUCCGGAUAACCAAGAAUAUGAGGAUCUGUUUUGAUUGCCAUGCUGCCUUUAAGUUCAUUUCUGGUAUCACUAAUAGAGAGAUCAUUGUAAGAGAUAAUAAUCGCUUUCAUCGCUUUACAAAGUAUGACUGCUCCUGUCGAGAUUAUUGGUAACAUUGGUAAUAAAUGUUUUACAGCAAAGUUAUUGUUUUUUCCA